UUCGUCUUCAGCAAGUAAUAAUUCUAAUUUACAGUCAUAUAAUCAGUCAUCUAAUAUUCGGUAUCAAGACGCAUGCUACGCUAAUAUUUCAUUAAAUGAAUAUACUUCUAAAGAAUUGGAAUUUGAUAUUUCUAGCCCACCUGCUUUGAAUGCAAAUUCGUCAAAAGUUACUUCAAAUACUCAGCAUCAAAGUAGAACUCAUACAAGUCUAAUAAAUUCAUCUAUUUUAUCCGAGAAUUCUUCAAGAAAACGUGAUAUUGAAGAAUCGGAAAUCAACUCUUACGUUAUUA